AUGGAGCACACGACUCCUGCAUUGCUGGGGUAUUACCUAAACUUCCUAUUCCCUGGCAGAUUCGCAGAGCAGCAACAACACCAAUGGGAAGAGAAACGAAAAUUUCCACCUAUAUCCUACUGUAUCAUUAUUACUCGGAUACCUCAUGCAGCUGCAAAAGAUAAAAAGAUGCGUAUUCCUCUUUCUGAGGAAAUCGGCAUGGGCCUUUUUAUCUCUGCUCGGUUAAGAGUACUGCUCCGCAUCUGCGCCCUGAGCUUCUGGAGCACAAUCACCCGUUUUCUCUGGACGCUUAGUCCGCCGUUCUUAUGCGGAUAUCUGGGGCGGAAUCCAAGACACUGGAUCGUCGUCCACAAUGCACGAUGUUAG